AUGGCUUGCUGUGCUCCCUACUGCUGCAGCGCCGCCAGCGCCCCCGCCACCACCAUCUGCUCUGCUGACAAAUUCUGUCAAUGUGGAGUCUGCCUGCCCAGCACCUGCCCACACACGGUUUGGUUACUGGAGCCAACCUGCUGUGACAACUGCCCACCACCCUGCCACAUUCCUCAGCCCUGUGUGCCCACCUGCUUCCUGCUCAACUCUGCCUAUCCCAACCCAGGCCUGGAAACCAUCAACCUCACAACCUACACUCAGCCCAGCUGUGAGCCCUGCAUCCCAAAGUGCUGCUGA